GUUAGAUUUAAUGUCUAAACGGGAAAUGUAAUAAUCUUUGGAAAUACAAAUUUGAUUGUUGUGUGAGUGCGCAGGUUGUAAAUUGGAUUUUAAAAGGGGUUGGUUAUUCGAAUUGAAUAUGGAAUCGGAUGUCUUCGAAAUGCGGUUUACAGGUAGAGAGCGAGAGAGUGAGUAGAUAGAGGAAAAGGUAGAUGUGAGGUAGAUAGUGUACACGUAUACGCAACAACGGACGUCUGAGGGGAGGGACUUGCUCUGAGGCAAGGAAAGGUGUGUGUGUGUGGGUUCGGAAAACGCGCGCCGAAUGGAGAUUCCAAACUAGAAUCGAACGGUACUUCAGUGAGAGAGGAGCGCCAUUUUGUUGCUCUCGGACGAGCGUAUAGUGAAGUGAAGAGAGCGUAGCGAGUGCGCGAGUAGUAGAGACAGGACGACAGGUAGCAAGCAAGCAAGCAAGCAAAGAAAGGUACAUGGAUGAUACAGGUACGUUUGGUUUGAUUGAAAAGGGCUCGUACGUAUCUUGCUACCUACCUGUUCGUUCGUGUAAACGAUGAACUGCUCUUCGUCGCAGCAGUUCGAGUCGGUGCGCGCUUGAAGAGAAGAGCAGUGAGCGAGCGAGUCUGCAGAGUGAACGAGCGAAAGUAUGUGCAUCAACAGAAACACCAGCAGUAACAGCAGCAGAAGAAGUGACCGAAAGAGGAAAUAUCCGUGUUUGUUUUGAAUACUGUGAAUGUGAGUGCAAGUGCAAGUGGAUGAGUUCGUGUGUGUGUGUCUUCAUCCUCGCAUUUCGUUUUUGGAUUUACUAGAUUAUCAACGCACCAUUUAGAUCAGCAACAAUCGGCCGUAGGCGUAGCAGCAAUGCACACGCCGGAGGGGACGCUGGAGCGGAGGGUCCAGGCGCAUCCGCAUUUUCAUACAGCACCGGCAAGAGAAUCGUCAAGGAGACGCGACGAGGGACAAGAACACGACGACGAAGAGGAGGACGAUCACCAACAACAUCAUCAUCAUCAUGUAAUCUCGAUGCCCAACUACACCGAUCAAUUUACCAACGACAGUAUGCUGUGCAUACAGGACGAGCUGGGUCAACUGAAUCUGAACAAUAACCUGAACGGAGGUGGCGGUGGCGGCGGCGGCGUCGGCGUCGAAGGUGGAGAAAAUGCGGACCACCAUCAACAUCGUCCAGUUGUCCCGUUGACGAUCAGCGUGCCCGGAGCGGCUCAGGGAUACGACAGCAGCUCCCCUGAUACACCGCAGACGGCGCGCAAACAAGGAUGGAUGCAAGGCAUCUUCGGAUGUCUUCAGCCGGUGCUUUCGAUCAUCGGAAAGUCCGGCACAAACGAGAUCAAAGGAAAUCAAGAUUCGUCUGCAGAUACAUUCGAGAUUCCAUUUGAGCAGAUCACCGAUCUGCAAUGGUUGGGAUGCGGAGGACAGGGAAUAGUGUUUUACGGAUUGUACAAGAACGAACCGGUGGCCGUGAAGAAGGUGCACGACAUCAAGGACACGGACAUCAAGAACCUUCGCAAGCUCAACCAUCCGAACAUCGUCAAGUUUAAGGGCGUCUGCACCCAAUCACCCUGCUACUGCAUCGUGAUGGAGUACUGUCCGUACGGCCCGUUGUACGAUCUGCUGAAGAACCAGGACCAGUCUGUAACGCCGGCGAGGAUAGUGCUGUGGGCGAAGCAGAUUGCGAACGGAAUGCAAUAUCUGCAUUCGCACAAAAUCAUACACAGAGAUCUGAAGAGUCCAAACGUGCUGAUCGGGGAGAACGAGGUGAUCAAGAUUAGCGAUUUCGGCACGUCGAGGACGUGGAACGAGGUGAGCACGAAGAUGACGUUCGCGGGAACGGUUGCGUGGAUGGCGCCGGAGGCGAUCACCGAAUCCACGUGCUCCGAGAAGGUGGACAUUUGGUCGUUCGGCGUAGUCUUGUGGGAGUUGCUCACGUGCGAGAUACCGUACAAGGAUAUGGAGCAGAACGCGAUCAUCUUCAUGGUCGGAUGUGGCAAGCUGCGACCGCCGAUUCCGUCCAGCUGUCCGGCCGGCUACAAACUGAUAAUGGAGAUGUGCUGGAAGCUGAACCCCAAACAGAGGCCAUCCUUCAAAUUGAUUUGCAAUCAUCUGGAGAUAGCCUCCGUCGAAAUACUGAGCGUCUACAAGGAGGAGCUGUUCUUCAAAACGCAGGAGACGUGGAAGGAGGAGAUCCGUUCGAAGAUCGCCCAGUUCAAGGGGCAGCAAGAGAACGCGCAGUCCUUCAUGAAGCAGCUGAUAAAGACGCGCGAGACUGAACUGAAUCACAUCCGCGACAUCAAGAUACUGUACGACAGGAAGAUCGAGAUGGUCAAUCAGAUCUACUGCGAGGCUCUGCUGCUCAAACAGCAGAUGCAGGAAUGCUGGAAGAGGGAGCAACAGCAGCAGCAGGGCAAAAGACGACUCGUGCAGCAGCCCGUCAUGAAGAAACUGGAGAGGCGAAAGUGCAACAACCAUCACAACCAGCAGAACAACAACAGCACCACGCCGACGAGUCCCGAAUGCAGUCUGACCAGUCCGGAUACUCCGCACAUCCCAUCACCAAAGGCACCGUUUUACGCGCAGCUGAAUACCGCGAAUCAGCCGGAAUCGACGUUGCAGCAGAACGGCGGUUGCAGCGGCAGUGGCAAAACUAGGAAGAGACACUACAGGAAUAAUUCGGGUUCACCGAGGAGCUGCGGCUGCAGCAAUCUACAUCUAGUAAACACCGAAACGCAAACGGAUCACAUGGAACUGAGCGAAACGGAUCUGAGUCCGAACGGUUGUUAUCCACCAGCGGAGAGUCUUCUGUUGGGUCAAAUGCCGCAGAGGGUAAUUCUGCAGGAGUGCAGAAGGAAUGGAUCGGAUGAUGAUGACGACGACGAUGACGAGGAGAGAACAAACGGUAAUUGCGUUCAGCUGCAUUACCUUGCACAACAUUCCGAACCAGAAGUUCAAGUUUUUACACGCGUAGAGUCUCGAUGCGCGAGUCCCGAUGACGUGGACACCGGAUGCGAUGUGACAACAACGACGACGGACACUGUAAAUAGCAACAGCACGUUCGCACCGACGAGGGACAAUUACAGUGACGAAGAUAACCUGGAGACGCUGAGAAGGAAGGUGUCCGCGGUGACGGAGAUUAUCAGCGCGACGAACGGCAACAUCUUCGAUAACGGCAACGUCUCCGAGGAUAUCCAGGAGGCGAUAAGGAAGAGACGUUGUUCCGAGUCGAGAUCGUCGUGUCACGAUAACGUCGUCGUCGACGCGACGAACGACAGCUUCACCGACGAGGAGGGCGAAGUCGGCGAGUACAACAUGAGCCUAAGACGGAGGAGCAAGCUCGGAAAAGAAGUAAUUAAGAUAAGUGUGGCGCGAAGACCGAUCUAUCCGGGCCGCAGAUCGUCCAGAUACAAACACCGACUCAACAAUCAGAUUCAGCGUGAGGUAAUUGCCGCUUCCGACGAGGGAAACACCUCCGAGUAUUCAAAUCCUCCGUCCAGCAAGAGCUCAACGUUGGAAUCGAAUCCUGGCGGUCGCACUCCGAUGGUCUCGUUGAAACGGGCAAAUAGCGACGAGCCUACGUUGAACUCUUCGGACAGUGAGUCCGAGGAGAACCUCACGAUAGCCACGCAACUCUGCUACGAUUCGAACAAACUCGAGAAAGUAUAGUCUGAUUUUAUUUUAUAUUUACAACACACACACACACACACUCACUCACACAAACACAUC